AGGUAAAGAGGAAAGAACCUCAGGAGCUUCAAGAGGGAGACAUGAAGAGGCCACGGCCCUCGACCCCACCAGACGAGGAUGACGAAGCUCGUGCGGGGAGAAUGCCAGAGGCAAGCAGACAUGGAGCUGAAAGAGACAACAAGAGGAGGAAAAAGAAGCCAAGAAGUCGUAAACCUUGGGAGCUCGGCAGCGAGGGAGAGGAAACAUCUGAUGGCUCCUCCACUGAAAAGGAGGAUGAAGAGGGAAGUGAAAAGGCAUCUGAUGAUGAUGCCCUUAGUGCUGAUAGUGACGAUGAGAGCCUCUCCUCGUCCUCUGACGGCUCUUCAUCUUCAGGAUCUACAUCUUCAUCUUCCUCUGAAGAUGAGGAUGAAGAGGAAGGAGAGAGGGCUGAGAGCGAAGGGCCAGACUCCAUGGAUGAUUCGACCAUGGACAGCACAAGUGAAAAACAUGGCAGGGAAAAUAAUGCAGGUGCUUUUUCAAAGGCAGAAGUCAAAACAGGUGAAACCAGGGACAGCAAGCCAGAUACAAAAACAGCACCCAGCAAGCGUCCUCCAUCGCCCCCGUACCCACGGCCUUCGUCCCCUAUUGUUCUUGUGCCCCCUCUCAAGAAACGCAGGAAGACUGUCUCUUUCUCCACAGGCGAGAACGACAGCAAAAUGCAGCUGCCGACUGCACCCGUAUCUCCAUCUCCCUCCCAACUGUCAGGUGAAUCUCCCUUUUUCUCCCCUGGGAGGCACCCAGACUCUCCCGUCACCGCUUCUCCAUCACCCACAUCUCGUCCCUCUAAGGGCAUCCAACUGCUUCCCUUUGCCUCCAAACCAGGUGAAGGCAAUGCCCUCAUUGUGCCCCCGUCUGUAUACCAAGAUUUGGAUGAAUCCAAAAAGGGACCCCCUGCUUCUCCUCAGACCCCCCCUAUCAAAUCCCCUGGGAAACGGGGUACAGGAAAAGAUUCCCCCAAAUCUCCCAUCCCUCCUGGUAUGGUGUGCCGCACUGUGCAGAACCUGCCAUUGGACCACGCCUCUCUGUGCAGGAUGGCCUUCGAGGAGGCCCCUCCGAACCAUCCCGGCAACAAACGGUCCAGAGGCAGGCCUCGGACCACCAGCUUGUCUGCGUCCUCCAGUCACUCCCUCAGAGAGGAAGACGAGGAUGAGGAAGAAAGUGAACAGAGGUUGAGACUCAGAGAGCAGCUUGGGGCAUCGAGCCUCCUGCAGCUGGCCUCGGCUUCAACCACUGACCUCUCCGUGUUGGCUGACGUUGCUUUGA